GUUUCAUAAGAUAGUAAAUCUAUUCUGUACAUGAUCUGUGAUUAUUACACUGUUAAGCCGGGAAUAGUUGUUAAACCAAAGUUUUUAACCAAAAUAUUGUAAAAAUGAGUAAAGCACAUCCUCCAGAACUUAAAAAGUACAUGGACAAGAGAUUAUCCUUAAAAUUGAAUGGAGGAAGACACGUUGUUGGCAUUUUACGUGGCUUUGAUCCAUUUAUGAACAUGGUAAUAGAUGAAAGCAUCGAAGAGUGUAAAGAUGGUACCAAAAAUAAUAUUGGAAUGGUGAUAAGCUUUGGUAACGGAGCAUGGGCCAUUUUCACCAUAUAAAAAUAUAAACUUGAAAUAUCCUGUAAGUUACAGUGAAAUUUUUUUUAUCAUAGAACGAUGCGUCAAAAUUUUGAAUCAUGAUGUUAAACUACAAUGCGUGCACUAAUUCUUUGUAAUAGCAGUAUCAUUAAAAAAUAUAACUUAACGUUAACAUCUCUUACGAUUUCAUUUACGAAACGUUAUACGAAACUUUUCCUAAUAAUUCAUAUAACUAUUAGGUUAUCGGUUCUUUGACAAAUCACAAUAGCAUUUCCUCACAUUGGUGGGUACACAGUGUUUAGGGUGGUUUAGCAACAUUUGGCAAUGAAACGGUCACACGUUCUCGUAUUAUUAUCGCCAACAGGGAUCAAUAAACGUAUAAUUUAACGAGUACUCGCGCGACUAAUAAUCAUGUUAGAUCAAAUGCAUCGUUCCGAUGUAGUACACAAAAUUAAUAUUUCUUUUGAAAGAAUGUUACUCUUUUUUUUCAUGUGAAAAAUUAUUAUGUACGAGGGGAGUAUACCAGAAAAGAAUAAAGUACAGGUCAAUGAUGUUUACAAUACUAUAACGCGAAACGUAUCGGUAAAUUUAUUGUUCGCAGAGUAUGAUUCGCUUAAACGAAUUCUAUUGGAGGAGAAUGGCACAAGGGGAAGACUUCUCCCACUCGAAGCAUACUUUUUGAUUAAGUUCUUGACACCUACAUCCUUUAACGCGUAUUACAAUCUUCAUAUAGUUCAAAUCAUCGAUUUAUUUCUUAAUUUAACUAUUCAUAUUUUCUCUAACAAUGCAAUAUUUUUUUGCGCUCAUAAGAAACUGAAAAUAUUUAUUUUUUAAACAAUUAAAUUUCGACGAUGUAUUAUUCAUUUGAUUGCCAAGUGCGGAUGUCGAAGGGGGAGGACUAUAAUCCCAGACUUGGAAAAUAAAUUUCAUUCAAUGUUUAUGUAAAUUUAUAUGCCCUGCUCCAUGCAUAGUCUCCGAUUUCCAAAAAAAAAUUAUGAUGGCAAUCCUUCAUUAUAUUUACUUUUAUUCUAACUACGGAAUUUUUAUAUACAUCUAUAUACUAUAUAUUUGAGAAGUUAAAUAAAUAGUUAACUAAAAAUUGUAAUUUAUCCACCUACCUUUCCUUUUGACCACUGUGACAAUGAUUCAUAAAAAAAAAGCCUGCAUGGAAUAAAGAAUUUAUUGUUACGUUACUAAUGCAUCGAGAAAUGUACAAGUUACGGGGCAAUGUUUAAGUGUUAAGUUAACGGUGGCGUACAUCUUGACCCUUUAACCCUUUCAGCCCUAAAUACAUUCGUGGUGGUGUGUAGAGGCCGUGGAGGAAAUAUUUUUUUAAACAUUAUCGUUACAAACAACCAAUUAACUUGCAUAUUACUACGCGUAUACAUAUUUCACCCAGAUGAGCGUAUGGGUGAUCUGUUCCACGAUUGCCAUUUCGUUCCGUCUCUGGGGUUUUUAGUUAUGAAAGGGUUAAUUUAAAAAUAUAAUUUAUCUUUGGUAUCGAACGUAUAAUGCAAUCGUGUACGUACACAGGCUCACGAAAAUAUUCAAACGCUAUUAUGUUCGAAGUUUUUCAUAGAAAUUAUUCUGCACUGCAUUUGAACUUCAAGCCUAACGAUGUUCGAUUACUUUCCUGAGUCCGUACAUGUUAAUUACAGUUAAUUGGUAGCCACGCUUCGUGACGUAACACAACUGAAUCGUGUUAACAGAGAAAUGAAGGAUUUGCGAUUUUGAUCGAUCUGUUAUUGCCAAGGUUUCCUUCGAAGCGCAUCUUAUUUUCAAAAAUGUCUGAUUGUCUUUACACCGAGGACGACACGUACAACGUCGUCGUCGCGUGGAAAGAAAAUGGAAGCGAGAAGCUACGAUCACUACAAAACGAUACGCGAUUAACAGGGAUAAAUUGCUCGAAAAGCUUUAUUGAACUUAACGUUGCUGCCUCUGAAAAAGUCUCAACGGAUCGAAACAUCUGUGCACGUAUAUACAAUAUAGGAACUAUAAUAUAAAUGAAAAAAUAUGAUCGCGAACAAGCGUAUACGAGAAAUGCACAACGCGAAAGAUCACUUUGCUAAAAUAAUAAAUGCAUCAAAUAUUACCUUACAACUGUACCGUUCAAUAAAACCUUUUCGUUUUCUCUUUUUUUUUCUUUUUUCUUUCGUUUUGGUACAGGCGAAUCUUACACGUGUAACGACAGAUCGAA